CGAUGGAAAAUUAUUUGGCAUUGAAGCAAACAAAAGCCACAAAAAAAGUGGCGAAAGUGUUGGGCGAUCCACAAAAUUCUGGUCUGUUCUUGCAAAUCUAAUCAGCUGUUAGUCAUUCGUACCAGCGGCCCUGCUAUCGUUUUCGGUGUGGUGAAUGUUAAUUUGUAAUAGCUUCUAAUGGAUAGUGAGCCACCAUUGGGCGGACGCUUGGUCGAUUUGGUGGACAACGAGUGGAUUGCCGACGAGCUGCCUUACGACCACAUCCAAGUGCCUUGCGAUAAGCUACCCGAUCCCGAGGCGGACAACGGUGACUCGCAUCUGACGCUGAAAGAGCAAGAGCAGAAAUGGACUGAUCUGGCGCUGACAUCACUGGCACCGGAUUUGUCCGUUUCCGAGCAGGUUAAUUUCCCUGGUGUUUAGCGUGUAGCGUCUCUCGAUUGUGCUG